AAUCUCAAGUAAACAACAGUGACAGUUAGUAGUCUUCAGACAUGGCCGUUGCCCCAAAUUUCCACUACUUCUACUAACACUAGUCUCAUUUUCCUCUGAAAUUUAUAGCUAAUUUCAUCCCCUGUUUUGUCCCAAAAAAUCCUCUAUGUAAACAAUAAAAUCUUCUGAAAUAGUUAGAAAAAUAGAGUGAUGGAGGAAGUGGGUUUUGUAAGAGCAGAUCUUAUAGAUCUGAAGAGCAUAGACGAGCAGCUACAGAGGCAUUUAAGCAGAGCAUGGACAAUGGAGAAAGAGGAAAUAGGGAUGGAAAGUAGAGAAAUCCCAAUUAAACAUGCUUGGGAAAUUGAUCCUUCUAAGCUUAUCAUCAAAACUGUCAUUGCUCGUGGCACUUUUGGUACUGUUCAUCGUGGCAUCUAUGAUGGCCUUGAUGUUGCUGUAAAGCUUCUUGAUUGGGGAGAAGAAGGCCAGAGGUCUCAGGCUGAGGUUUCUUCAGUCAGAGCAGCUUUUACACAAGAAGUUUCUGUAUGGCACAAGCUUGAUCAUCCUAAUGUCACAAAAUUUAUAGGAGCUGCAAUGGGCACACCAGAUCUUAACAUACAGACUGAGAAUGGUGUCAUCGGCAUUCCACGUAACCUUUGUUGUGUGGUGGUUGAAUACCUUCCUGGGGGUACUCUCAAGUCUUUUCUCAUCAAGAGCCAUAGGAGGAAGUUGGCCUUCAAAGUUGUGGUCCAACUGGCGCUGGAUCUAGCACGCGGGUUAAACUAUCUUCAUUCUGAGAAGAUAGUCCAUAGGGAUGUCAAAACAGAGAACAUGCUUCUUGACAGGAAUCGUACACUUAAGAUUGCUGAUUUUGGUGUUGCUCGUGUUGAAGCUUCAAAUCCUAAUGAUAUGACCGGGGAGACUGGAACCCUAGGUUACAUGGCACCUGAGGUUCUUAAUGGCAACCCGUAUAACCGGAAGUGUGACGUAUAUAGCUUUGGCAUUUGCCUCUGGGAGAUAUAUUGCUGUGACAUGCCAUAUCCAGAUCUGAGCUUCUCAGAAGUGACGACAGCUGUUGUCCGACAGAAUUUGAGACCGGAGAUACCUCGUUGUUGCCCAAGUUCUUUGGCAAAUGUGAUGAAGCGGUGUUGGGAUGCUAGCGCUGACAAGCGGCCAGAAAUGGAUGAAGUGGUGUCCAUGUUGGAAUCAAUUGACACAUCAAAGGGAGGUGGGAUGAUCCCUGUUGAUCAACGCCAGAGCUGCUUCUGCUUUGGGAGACGCCGAGGUCCUUGAGAAGAGCAUCUCCAGCUAGCAAGUGAGAUCUGUAAGUUGUUGGUCCAAUGAAGAGGGAAGGAUAAAAAACCAAGGAGCACAGUUUUAAAAGAAGAUUUAAGAUGUCAAGUUUACAGGAGUUGGAGCUUAAAGUGGUGAGGUAAAAGAAGCUCUGAUACAUACAUGCAUGCAUUUAUUCAUCAGCUCAUGCAUGUGCAGCUCUAUACCUUUUCAUCUUUGAAAUGAAUUGUCUAAUUAAACACUAUUGACCGGUUGGUCUUUAAACCUGCAAGAUGUAGGUGUAGCAGAUGCCGUUCCAUGAUUUAAACUUGUUGAAUUCAAUCUUUAAUGUUUUUAGCACUUAGAACUGAACUCAUUGUACUUUUAAGGUUGUGAGUUUAGAAUUUAGUAUUUGUUGAGUUUCUUUUA